UUUGAAACCCUAUACUUGGGGUUUACCACACCACCACUCUUCGCCGCCGUACAAGUUCGCCUCCGGCCGCCGUCAAAGAUGACGAAGAAGACGGAGAGAAAAGUCAACGUCUCCGGCAAGCCGAAGCAUUCUCUGGACGCGAACCGUACAGAUGGGAAGAACAAAUCGCAGCGUAGCGCGGCCACCGUGCGCCGCCUCAAUAUGUACAACGUCCGCCCCAAGCGCGCCCGCAAUGGAAAGUUCAUCAGCAACGAAUUCCAGUCCAGGGAGUUGCCCGACACUAAAAUCCAACCCGAUCGCCGCUGGUUCGGGAAUACUAGGGUGGUGGGGCAGAAAGAGCUUGAAGUGUACCGGGAAGAGCUGGCGAAUCGCUUGUCGAAUAGGUACAAUGUCAUUUUAAAGGAGAAGACACUGCCAAUGUCUCUUCUUAAUGACCAUAAGAAGCAAGCUAGGGUUCAUUUGCUUGAGAGAGAGCCGUUUUCGGAUGCAUUUGGACCAAAGACAAAGAGGAAGCGUCCGAAACUGUUGGCGGCUAAUUACGAGUCCCUAGCUAAGAAAGCCGAUGGUUCUCAUGAUGAGUUUGAACAGAAGCACGAUGAUGUUGCUGCAGAAGGGGGCGAAGCGGAUGGAUUUAGGGACCUGGUUCGCCAUACCAUGUUUGAGAAGGGACAAAGUAAACGUAUUUGGGGCGAGCUCUACAAAGUGGUAGACUCCUCAGAUGUUGUUGUCCAGGUUUUGGAUGCAAGGGAUCCACAAGGUACAAGAUGUUACCACUUAGAGAAGCACUUGAAAGAGCAUUGCAAGCAUAAACAUUUGAUUCUUUUAUUGAAUAAGUGUGAUUUGGUUCCUGCUUGGGCAACAAAAGGUUGGCUGAAAGUAUUGUCAGCUGAGUUUCCAACUCUUGCAUUUCAUGCUAGCAUCAACAAGUCAUUUGGCAAGGGUUCUCUUCUGUCAGUGUUGAGGCAAUUUUCCCGAUUAAAAAGUGACAAGCAAGCAAUUUCUGUGGGAUUUGUUGGGUAUCCCAAUGUUGGAAAGUCAUCUGUCAUCAAUACACUGCGAACAAAAAAUGUUUGCAAGGUUGCUCCUAUUCCAGGGGAAACUAAAGUGUGGCAAUAUAUUACUCUCACAAAGAGGAUCUUCUUGAUUGACUGCCCUGGAGUUGUCUAUCAAACUAACGACUCUGAAACAGAUAUUGUACUGAAGGGCGUGGUCCGUGUCACAAACUUGCAGGAUGCAUCAGAACACAUAGGAGAAGUUUUGAAACGAGUGAAGAAAGAACACUUGCAAAGAGCAUAUAAGAUAAGGGACUGGGAGGAUGAUAAUGACUUUCUAGUUCAGCUAUGCAAAUCAUCCGGAAAGCUUUUGAAGGGUGGUGAACCUGACCUGAUGACAGCGGCAAAAAUGAUCCUCCAUGAUUGGCAGAGGGGUAAGAUACCAUUUUUUGUGCCGCCUCCACAAAGAGAAUUACCAUCAGAGGAGCCUGCUGCUAAUGAAGUAGAGAACGAUACACUAAUAGACAAUAAUCAAGCAUCAGCAUUUAGAGCCAUCGCAAAUGUUAUUUCGUCCCAGCAGAAAAUGAGUGUCCCAGUGCAAAGGGAUCUUUAUAAUGAGAAUGAGUUAAAGGGAUCCAAGAUGGAGGACCUUGGUGAACAUGAUGUUGAUGCCAAGACAUCUGAGAAGUCCGCGGAUUCAGAUAGCGGGACAUCUGAGAGGUCCGAGGAUGUGGAGUCCGAGCAGUCGUCUGAUGCAGAAGAUGAGACCUCUCAGUAACUGUUGGUAUUCUAAAAGAACCAUAUCGUCCAUAGUUUCUUUUUGUAGUCCAUAACGUUGUGUUUGUAUUUGUUUUUCCAACUAAUGAGUCCUUAGUCAUGUUAAGAGUAUUAUUACAUAUUAUACCGCAACCGGGGCAUGCCUUUUGUAAUACUAUCUCAAUGCUCUAUUAAGUUUUAUUCA